AGGAGGUCAGUGAUGGCAAAUGAAGGCACUCCUGUUCGACUAGGAGCCGUUAGUGUCCCUUAUGGGCAUGUGAUUGGCCAUGAAAAAUGGAAAGGCUCUCUGGUUGCUCAGGGGAUACAAGGAAAAGUUAAACUAAUUCUAGAAGAUGGCCUGGGAGUCGUAGACUUCCAUCUUUCAAACAGAUCCUGUGUCCUUUAUAUUUCUGAAGCAGACCUGGUUGCAGGAAAUGGCUUCAAAAGGAGACUUGUUCGCUUUAGAAACGCUUGCAAUCUCCAAGGAAUUGUUAUAGUUGAAAAAACCCAAAUAAGCAAUCAGUAUUUUCCAGCAGUGCAAAAAUUUGUUGUCCUGGAACUUGGGAUGACGUUACUUCCAGUGGCAAGCCAAGAAGAGGCAGCACAGCUUAUUAUCCAGCUGGUGCAGGAGCAAACUAAAGAUCAAGCCAGCAACCCCUUUUUGGCUAAGAAAUGUCCCCAGCUCUUAGAGGCUUCUGUAUUCCAAACAGUUCAGCAGAUUCCGGGAGUUGGGAAAACAAAAGCUUUGCUUCUCCUGGAACGGUUUCAAAACCUCCACCAGCUUUGCAAUGCAUCCGUCCAGGAGCUUGAGCAAGUAGUUGGACACGCUCUAGCCCAACAAAUCCAUGCGUUUUUUGCACAGGCAAAGUAACCUCACCUGGUUGAGAAGGUGGAAGUGAACCAUGUACACCACCUCAAGCUCCUUGCUCAAAGGACAAAGGUGGGUUAUAAACAUAGUAAAAACCUCCAUGUAGCCUGCAUGCCUGUCCUGAACAGCGUC